AACGGAGCCAUUUUGCGGCAUCGUCGUUCUCGGGUUUCCUCAAAAACCCUCGCCGUCCCAUUCCGCGGCUAGGGUUCGUAAAAGAAGGUUGUGAGGGUUUUCAAAGGCCGAGAAGAUGGUUCUGAAGACUGAACUCUGCCGGUUCAGUGGCGCCAAGAUAUAUCCCGGAAAGGGUAUAAGAUUUGUCCGAGCCGAUUCCCAGGUUUUUCUUUUUGCUAAUUCGAAAUGCAAACGGUACUUCCACAAUCGUCUGAAGCCUGCCAAGCUUACUUGGACAGCAAUGUAUCGGAAGCAACACAAAAAAGAUAUUCACGCUGAAACUGUCAAAAAGAGGCGCCGUACCACCAAGAAGCCAUAUUCGAGGUCGAUUGUCGGCGCCACCCUUGAAGUUAUUCAAAAGAAGAGAACCGAGAAGGCUGAAGUUCGUGAUGCAGCUAGAGAAGCUGCUCUUCGUGAGAUCAAGGAGCGCAUAAAGAAGACGAAGGAGGAGAAGAAAUCGAAGAAGGCCGAACAGAUGGCGAAAUCUCAGAAGACGCAGACAAAGGGUAGCGCGCCCAAGGCUCCCAAAGGCCCGAAGCUCGGCGGCGGCGGCGGGAAACGCUGAAACGCUCGAUCCGCGCUUUACCGCGUCCCCUAGUAUUUCAUUAGCCAGUUGCUCUUUUUAAGACUAAAAUUGCCUUAAUUGCUUGGUUUUAUCGCCGACACCGCGAGAAAACAUGGCUGAGAUACUCUCUUUUUAGUGUUAGAAUUGAGUUUAUGGAGCACCUGGAGUGUAGAAUUUUGUCUGGAUAUUUCUAUUUUAAUGUGGCUUUAUUAUUUGGAAACCAGUUGUUGCUUUAUUUUUAUAUUUUUUUUUGCUUAAUUUUUUAUUUAUUUA